AUGCGCCAAAAGCGAGCCAAGGCGUACCGCAAGCUCAUGUCCUUGUACUCGAUAUCCUUUGGCUUCCGACAACCCUACCAAGUUCUCAUUGAUUCGCACAUGUGCAAGGAAGCUGUCACGCACAAGAUAGACCUCGUGAAGCAGCUCGGCGCCGUUCUGCAAGGCACUGUCAAGCCCUUGAUCACUCAAUGCAGCGUCCAGGAGCUCUAUGACCAGGAGAAGGAGUUCAAGCCUGCCGUGGAGCUCGCGAAGACGUUCGAGCGGCGUAGGUGCAACCACAGGCAGCCAAUACCUGGAGACGAAUGCCUCUCUAGCGUCGUUGGCGAGACGAACAAGCACCGUUACGUUCUUGCAACCCAGUCGCAAGAGCUUCGCCAGAAGCUCCGCGCCAUCCCCGCCGUCCCCAUUGUCCACUUCAACCGCUCCGUCAUGAUCCUUGCGCCGCCAAGCGACGCUACGCUCCGAGCAAAAGCUCUUAAGGAAGAAAAGGCUCUGCACCCUAGUGAGCCUGAAACAACAAAGCUCACUAGUGCUACCGCUACCCCUGCGGAACCACCACGCAAGAAAAAGAAAGGACCCAAAGGACCGAAUCCUCUAAGUGUGAAGAAAAAGAAGCCGAAGCCCGACGCGAAUGCUCCAAAAAGCGAGAAGCAGCCGGAGGACUCUAAAUCGCAGGUUGGCGAAAAGCGGAGGCGUGACGAUGGUGACGGCGACGAGAUCGCCACGCAACAACUAGAAGGAGUAGGACACAAGAGAAAGCGACGUAGGAAACACGGACAGCCCGCCACGACGCAGGGUGAGGACGUGAAUUCCAAGGAUUGA